UGAGAGGAGUGUGGCAAUCUCCUUCUUGAUCCGAAGUGGCCAUUCUAUUGCCCUCUACAAUACUCUGAGCUUCUUCUGUCUCCCUUCAUUUCUCCUGGAGAAGGAAGGCAAUCGUAUGUGGGUGCUGAAUGCCAGACAUCUUCGCUUUAGAAACACGUGACAUGUCGGAUCAGUUGUAUUUCAUCAUCUUUCUGCCGCCGCCGGGCAAUUUGUACCUCUCUCUCCUCUUCCCCUCAGCUCGGUGUGUGCCAUGCUGCAUCGGUAGCUCAGCCGGUGCACCAAAGUCAUGACGCAGAAGAAAGCAAAUUGUCCUAAGACCAUUCGCCGCGAAGGAGCUACCAUUGACGGCGCUGAAGCCAUUCUUGAUUACCUUCAGAGACAGAAUCGCCCGUAUUCGGCCAAUGAAAUAUCAGCCAAUUUACACACAGAGGUCAGCAAGGCGUAUGCCGCCACAGCAUUACGAGACUUGUGGCACAACAAGCAGAUUGAAGGACAGACGGCGGGAAAACAAGUAGUGUAUCACGCUUUACAGGAAGCUUCCAACAAGAUCACAUCAGAAACCCUUGUGACCCUGGAUGAGUACAUUGAGAAAGCUCAGGGCAGGCUUUCCAGUCUUCAAAUCCAAAAGAAAAAGGUACGAAUGGAACUGGCAGCCCUUAACGCGAAACCUUUACUGUCUGAACUUCGUCGAAAUGUGGAUCAACUGGGUCGAGGUCAAGCAACGGUCCGGACAUUCUGGCUCACGAUGAGGGGGAAUGCUUCGAUGCCCGUGCAUGGGCAUAUGAUAAGAGCAGGUGCCGAAGAAGAUUGGAAGCGCUGGAAAAGGCACGCUAGCAGUCGCGCUCGAAUCUGCCGUGAUCUAUGGCGGAGGUGCUUGGAUGCGUUGCCAGGCGACACAGCUUGGGCAGAGCUCUGGGUAUGGGGUCUCAUGGUCUCAUUUCCAGUCUUGAAUGAUUCUGAUUGGUGGCUACGCAGGAAUCUCUAGGGUUGGAAGGGCCCCCGUUACGCCGAUCAAACGAUCACUCGAGCUCGUGAAGGAGGCCAGUGAAGCCGGUCACUGAUCGGCGGCGGUCGAUUCCUGGUCUUGAGAAAGCGCAUGUGUGCAAACUGACAUACGGGUU